CAAAAAAAAAAAAAAAAAAAAAAUCCCAGCUCACAAGCUCUGAACAAAAGAAAAGAAUCCAGAAGCCAGAGCUCGGUCGCUCUCUCUCUCUCUCUCUUCUCGUCAGGCUUCCAUUCCCAAAUCCAGAAGCCAAAGAAGUGUUAGCUAUGCUUUUCUAGAGAGAGCUGGACGAGGAGGAGCUAUUAAGAGGGCCUAAGGAUGGCAUUUGAUGGUGAAGAAGAACAGAGCCAGGAUUAUCUUUUUAAAAUUGUUAUGAUUGGUGAUUCUGCUGUGGGAAAAUCAAAUCUACUUGCUAGAUUUGCUCGGGAUGAAUUCUAUCCAAAUUCUAAGUCCACUAUAGGAGUUGAGUUUCAAACUCAGAAGAUGGUCAUUGAUGGGAAGGAGAUCAAAGCUCAGAUAUGGGAUACUGCAGGUCAGGAGCGCUUCAGAGCCGUGACAUCAGCGUAUUACCGAGGCGCUGUUGGAGCUCUCCUUGUUUAUGACAUCAGCAGACGACAGACCUUUGAGAGCGUAAGCCGAUGGCUUAAUGAAUUGCACACUCAUUCCGACAUGAAUGUGGUGACAAUUCUCGUGGGUAACAAGACAGAUCUUGCAAAUGAUAGAGAGGUGACCACUGCUGAGGGCAAGGCUUUGGCCGAGGCCCAAGGCCUCUUUUUCAUGGAGACCUCCGCUCUCGACUCCUACAAUGUCAGAGCUGCCUUUCAAACUGUUGUAAAAGAGAUUUACGACAUAUUGAGCAGAAAAGUCUUCCUGUCUCAAGAAGUCAAGAAGAACGAGUCAUCUUUGGGGAGCGGUAGAGCAGUAAUUUUACAGGAUGAUUCGAAUGAUGCAACUAAGAAAUCUGGGUGUUGUUCUUCAUAGGACCAUCAUUGUACACUUCUUUUCUUUUUUUUUUUAAAAUUUAUUUCUCAAUUCUCUUGAUUGCAUAGUCUUUUUUUUUCAUGCUUUUGUAAAGAAAACUUAUGAGCAAAAUAUCUAUCAUCGAUAAGCCCUGGCUGCACGUUUCGUCAUUGGUUCUGUAUUGGACGAGGGUCUUUGGCUGUGUUUAUGUAAGUAACAGCAGUGAUUUAGUAAUUGUUUAUCUUAUAUUUUUUCCCUUGAA